AUGUGGAGCGUCCUCACCACUCCAAACCCUCAACUUGCAUGGGCUAGUGUCUGCUCAAUCUAUCCAAUUGCUUAUGUGGUGUCUAUUCCUCUAACAUUGGCAUUCAAGCGAUACAAUUCUUAUAUUGGCGAGCUUUGGUUCGUCCAGUUCCUAGAACGCUACAUUGUCAGAAAGUACAUGUUUUAUUGGUUUUCGGUGAUAUAUGCGGCAAAUUUGAUACAGGUUGAGAAUGGAAGAAUAUCACUACCUAUUAAAGACCUCUGGGUCAUUGGUGCCAUGAAAGUUUACCUUUGCAACUUACUUUGGUUGACGAUCUUGCUCGAAUGGUUUUUUGGGUCGCCCAUCUUUGAAAGAAUAAGUGUUGCAACCGGUGCGCACUGUACGACUCCUGACAUUUACAGAGAGUAUCAGUGUGAAAAGGCAGGCGGCACAUGGAUUAAUGCGUUUGAUUCGUCAAGUCAUUAUACUAUGCUAAUAUCGAAUAGUCUUCUUAUAUGGAGGUUAAUUUUGCCUUAUGUGGGUACGGUAUUGUCGAAGACAGGUUUGGGAACGGAAAUGGUUGUCGAGAAUGAUCUUGAAUCUGGUCCGCUGCAAAGUCUGGUUGGUAUCGAUGAGGGUGGCUCACGAUUAAAGGCUGGCUCUAGUUUCACCAAAAAAGCUGUGCUUUUAAUAUCACUUUUGUUUAUUACCUUAUGGUUCAUCCUGUUCUGCAUCACAUCUGUCUUUUAUCACACUAUUCCGGAAAAGCUUGUUGGUCUAAUAUGUGGCAUGACGGUGCCCUUACUUCUAAAAUCCAUUUGA